AUGCAGUUUAUUGAUAGACUAAAACAGGCUUUGGAACGUCAAGUAGAUAAUGUGGAAGCUCGGGAUAUAUUGUUAAGAAAACUAGCUGUUGAAAAUGCUAAUGUUGAUUGUAAAAGGCUACUGAAGUCUCUUCCCAACCCGAACCCCACUUUGGUGGAAAUGGUGGAAGCAUGUAACCGAAUCGGUACGGUUGACCAUAAGUUUGAAGCUAUGGCUGCUGCUUUUGCAGCGAUGCGUGGUGUGGGGAAUUGCUAUGGUUGUGGUAAGCCUGGCCAUUUAAAGAAAAAUUGUCUUGCUCGGGCUGCGGGGAAUAGACAACAACCUCCUGGUCCUGGAGUUUGUCCGAAAUGUCGGAAAGGGCGUCAUUAUGCUAAUCAAUGUCGAUCUAAGUAUGACUUCCAGGGACAACCGAUACAGGGAAACCGACCGCGGAGCGCGGGGCAGCGACGCGCGCAGACACAAGUGCCACAGCUGACAUUUCAACAAGCUCGGAGAGAAGCACCGACACCUCAAGUCUCUGUCCAGCAACCUCAGGCAGCGCCGGAUUGGACCUGGCAACCUCACACACAGUGUUAUUGACUCUGACAGUGUGGA